UAUUAAUCUAUAAACUAUUCUUUCAUUUUGCGUUUUACAUCCUUUCGAUUUCCAGCACAAACGAAACCCUAAAUCGGCAUCCAUGGCGUUGAACACAGGAUUGAGAUCAUUAUCCUCCAAAUUACUCGUUUCUGUCGACUCAUCUCUCGCUAAAUCUGCUCAAAGAGGGUUUCACUCGACGGGGGCUAAGAGAAUGGGCGGACAUGGUGGUCAUGAUGAGCCAGCUUACUUGCAUUCGAAACACAUGUACAACUUGGACAGGAUGAAAAAUCAGAAACUGACGAUGACUCUUGGCGUUUUCACUGCUUUCAGCAUCGGUGUCGGGGUCCCAAUCUAUGCUGUUAUCUUCCAGCAAAAGAAAACUGCAUCUGGUUAAGCAAAGCUUCUUUUGGUGUCACUGUUUUUAAUCCCAAUAAUGCAAAAACUUAUGAAAGAAUUAUGUUUCACCUUUGAAAUUGUUUUUGUAGCAUUGGCCAUUGGUCAUGCAAACAAAUGAAAAUUGUUAUUUGUUCUCUUGGUAAAAGCUUUUUGUCUGAUAUAUUAGUUGUAAAAUCAUUGUCUGAUUAAUAUCUAAUCUCUUUA